GUUGGAGAUGGCUGGGUCGGGUCGCUAUCUCGUCUUCUCCUCUUCCUUUUAGAGUGUUCUCUACGCCGUUUGGCUUCCGUCCGGUCAUUCUUUUCUACCUUCUACCACUCUUUAACAAUGACCGCUGCGGGAGUCUCCCCGUCCAGCUCGCCGCGACUACCCAGUCCGCCGCCGUUCACUGAAGUGCAGAUCGGACCCCAGUCGCCGUCAGUUGGCGAGUCGUUUGGCGGCGAUGCGGACCUUCAGCUCUUGGGUGUCUCUCCAAGCACAGAUGAUGGUCCGACGCGGAGGAUACGUCCGGGCUCGAAGGCGAGCGAGAUGUCCGCGGGUCCUCCGUUAAUUCCUCUCUCCCAGCUCGACUCCCCUUUUCAGCUCCAAGAACACCUGAAAGCACUUUACAAUCACUAUACGCGACCCGAGGGCGCCGACACUGUGUACCCAAUCCAACGAGAGGUCGCCCGUCAACUCGCAGAACCGCCCGAGGGUGUCGAGAAGUCAUUAUGGCUCUACGAGCUUUGCCGGUUCUUGACCAUGAAAGCGAACAAUCUCAUCAUCGCCUUUUUCGCCGAAAACCCGCCUUGCUCUGCACAGACCUGCCCCGAGAUGCGCGCAUCGGAAUGGCAAUACCUCUGUGCGGUGCACGACCCGCCGAAAGCCUGCUGCGCCAUUGACUAUUGCUGCCACACCCUCGAUUGGGCCACCAACAUCCUUACCUCACCAAAACACUUUCCGAGUCGCCUGACACUGGGGUCGGAGUCUGGGGGCGGUCCUCAGGCGGGUAUGAGACACCUCACCAAUGUGUUUCGUCGGCUGUAUCGCAUCUUUGCGCACGCGUGGUUCCAGCACCGGGACGUCUUUUGGCAGGUCGAGGGCCACGAUGGGCUUUAUAUGUUCUUCAAGACCGUUUGCGACAUGUACAACCUCAUCCCGUCUGAUAAUUACACGAUACCCCCAGAGGCGGAGGGAGACGAGGCGCAUCAGCCGCAUCAGGUACAGGAUCAUGGCGAUCCUCGACGAUUGACGAUAUUACGCAAGGAUAACGAACCCCUACUGCCUCCCUUGGACCAGGUCGAGCCUGCGACAAUCAGUACUGGAGCUACCACUCGCCGGCACAAGUCUAGCCCAUCGAUCGGGUCUCGCGUUACGACUAUUAAUGAGAGUGCGGAGGAUAGUGAAGAACCCGAGCCACUACCAUCACCGGAGGUCAAGGAACCAGCACCAGAGCCGACGGAAGCUGCAAGUGACACGACAAGCGAGCUGGUUCAGUCCCCACAAAGCACUGAGUCCCAGGUGACUGUCGCCGAAGUCGAACUAGAAGACGAAACCCCAUCAACAGCUGAAGCGCCGGCUAUCGAAGAACCCGAAGAUAAGCAAGAGAGUAAGCCUGCAGAGCCCGUUGAAGGGGAGGCCCCGGCCACAGCCUCAGAAGAAGCGAAGCCCGAGCCAGCUGCCAGCGCCGAGCCUGAAACUACUCAAACUACCGAAACCGAGCCCGAAUCUACGAAGCCAGAGCCAGAAUCAGAAUCAGAGCCAGAGAAGAAACCUGAGCAGAAGGAGACAACAGAGGAGCCGGCCAGGGAGACCUGACCUGUUCAUUUCCCGGAUGUGCCGUGAUGGCACUCUACAUUGUACGACUGUAACAUGUCCCUGCCUUUGUUGAUAUUGUUACUUUUAUUCUCAAGAUUCUACUUUCGUAUAGAUGGUUAUUUUUGUCUUCGCGGCACGUGCCCAUUCGCCUUCUUCCGCUUAAGCAUCCUCAACGCAGACAUCUCAGAAUAUCGUGUACUCAUUCCUGUUGAGACAGAAAGCGAUCCUCAAACCGCCAUGGGAUGAACUGAUUAGUUCUUCCACCACCUGCAACCUCGUCUAGUGCCUUUCCUGGUGCUGAAACUCAGUCAAGGAUCUCUGCUUGCUUGUCUGGCAAGAGAAUGGGAGACAGAGAAACAGUCUACUCUCUAGCAAUCACACCUCUCGCAUUGAGGCUUGCAAGGCCAUCGUACGGUAUUCCGAUGGAUGGAGAAGCCAUGACGAUGAAAUCGAAUGCAUCAAGAUGAAAGCUGGCGGGCUUUUAUCUACACUUCAGAUAAUCAAUAGGCUCCUGAGGGAAACGAACGCAACACAUCCAGAAAUCGCCGCCGACAUCUCUUCCAAGAUCACAGAGAACGAGCAUUGGAUAAAGAAGGUCAACGAAAAGGUUACAAAAUGCUCCAUUAAUCCUAAGGACACCAGCCGUAGCCACAAACUACGGGUCACUGCGAAGAAGGCCCUGUAUCCUUUCCAUAGGGAUACGUUGUUGAGCACGGUGAUUUCUUGAAAAUUCUCCAAGAGAAGUUACAUACGGUACUAUACUGUGAGUCUCCUUUCCUAGACAAUGUCCAGCUGUUCGCCGUUGACUCCCGAGCACGAUAAACUGCAAAUUCAGCAUAUCUCAGCUCUUGCGAAGCAAUCGGAGUCUCUACCGAAGACGGAAGCCUUGGGUACUUCAAUGAUGUAGGGAGAGAUUUUAUAUAGGAAUUGCCUGGUUGCAGAGCUCCAGGAUGAGUAUCUUCGGCUCGGUUUUCCCCUCUGGGAUUUUAUCCAUAGUCAUUGGAGUAGCCGAGUGAAAAAAAUAUCUCAUUGGGAAUGGCGAAUAUCUCAAUCCUGGUCGGUUGCUUUGCGCCUAUCUGCGAAUGGAGAUAGUGGCCCGGGAAGAGAUUGGAGAUGGUACUAAGGAUGAUGAAGAAGAGAGAGGACCUGACAAAGCCUAUUUGCGGUCUAUGCGUCUCUGGCAAAAAUCCGAGUCUAGGGCCCGAUGGCGUCUGCGGACGAUGUUUCGUUGCUGUCCCUGGUAAUUCUUGUUCUUAUCAAUGCGAGGCCUAUUUAUUUCGGCACAUUUAUCCUUUUGCUCACUCAAUACAUCAUUUCAUUUCCGCUGAAGCACUCGCGAUCAGUCAUCUUACCCAUCAUAUAUAAAACGAUACUCUCCCAA